UGCUAGGAUGGAGGACCCUAGAAGGACAGAGGGCCGGCAGGGCGGGAGUUUUGUGAAUACGAGUGUUAGUGUUAAGGACGUGUGUCGUACGACGAGCGCGGACCGCGCCAGGGACUUGACUGCGUCGAGCGCCAUGCUCAGUGUUCCACUGGUCCGGCAGCCCCCACACUCUGCGCCGGGGAGGUUGUCCGGUGGUGAGGGGCAUAACCUCCUCACACCUCACCACCACCACCACCACCACCAUCACCACAACCAUCACCACAACCCCCACCAGUACCACCACCGACAAGUUAAGCAGCCUCACCUCAUCCCAGCCUUAGGGAGUCAGAGCCGGAGAAUGCCAGCAGAAAUCUCAUACGGGUACCCAACGUUUAAUCAAGAUGUGUCGAGCUCCUCAGUAGUAACGCCAAGUGCGUCCUCCAAGAACGUGGAAUGGUUUCGCCAAAACAACGAGGAUGAGCAAUAUCAUAAUAAACCAAUCUUCAAGUGGACAUAUCAAGAUGUUGUUGACUUUAUGUUUAAAGCUUGGGAUGAACUUAAAUGUGAAAAUUUAGAUAUUAAUUUUGCUGAAUUAAGUGGUUCAACCGGGUUAAAUCUUCUACAGUUAGAUGAAAAUGGAUUCAAACAAUUUUCGAAAAGUUACGGGGACCAAAUAUAUAGAUAUUUUUUGGAAUAUAAAAGAAAGGAAGAGAGAAGACAAUCACAAGUUGAAUCACAUCAGCAGUAUUUUGCCAAUAGUCAUCUAUAUCCCAUGGCAUACGAAUUAAAUGGUGAUGGAGGAGCUCGUCAUCCAAACAUGGCUUCAAGAGAAUCACCGGUUGCAUGUGAGACUUCUGCACCUUAUGAAGUUCGUUAUGAGACUCUAGACCACAGAGGGUUGAGAUAUGAAGAUGGAAACAGAAAUAUAUCAUCGUCAAUGAAUUACCCUACAGCAGCAAUGAAGUCCUAUGCACCGUUAAGUGAUCUCUCGUCACCUGUCAUGCCCAGUGGAGCACCAGAAAGUAUAUCUGAUCAUGAGCACAGCAACAAUGAAGAGGAACCUAAACCUGAACCUCCCAAGAAACGAGGACCUGGCCGGCCUCGCAAACCAGAAAAUGAACUAAAGAAGAAGAAAAAGAAGACUGGUCGUUUAUGGGAGUUUAUAAGAAACCUGCUCCUGGAUCCAGCAACGUGUCCUUCAUUAGUACGCUGGGAGAACCCAGAAGAGGGGAUGUUCAGAUUUGUGCAGGCAGAGAAAGUUGCUCAAAAGUGGGGAGAUCGUAAACAAAACAAAGAUAUGAACUAUGAAAAAUUGAGCCGUGCCAUGAGGUAUUAUUAUAAAACCGAAAUAUUUGAAGCAGUCCUUGGAAGAAGAUUAGUUUACAAGUUUGGCAAAAAUGCAAAGAACUGGAGACCUACUAACCCUAAUUUCCCAGACCACCAAACUCGCUAAAUGACCAAGGACCUACACUACUCCCAUGAGAUGGCCCUUAUGCCAAUGACCAGGAUAAGCUAAAAAGAUUUAUCUGGAAGAAUGAAUGGAAGAUAACAGCACAAACAUUGUUUAUCUUUCUGAGCUGAGGAUUACUGACCCAUCAAGAAUGACGUUGUUGUUGUUGUUAACUUUGAAUUCAAGAUUUAACACGUGCAAAGCAAGACAGUUCACUUAUAUCAGACUUAAUAGUGUACCUACAAAAUAUUUUAGGCAAAGGUAUUUUACUAACAGGGCUCUCAAAGAUUAGUCUAAUUAAAUUCAGGCAUCUCAGAAGAGGUUUUGUAUAGUACUAUAUAAUUAAAUUCCCUCACUUUUUAAACUAUUUGGUUCACAAAUUCACCUAAAUCAGGAAUACUCAUUGUUUUUCCUUUUGACAUUAUUACUGACAUGCUUUUAUAUUUCUCUUGCCUCAAUAAUUUUGUCUGUGCUAAUUAAUGGCAAUACAUUAGUUCAAUAAUAAUCAAAGCAGUUAGUGGAAUUCUUGGCCAAACAUUAUAAAUUCUAAUUCAGUCAUUUAAUUGAUGUACAAGACCAUCUUCAAGGAUAAAUAACAGACAAAAUUUGAGUAUUAUUGUGAGAAUUCUAUACUAAACAAUGGAAACUUUUGCAAGCUCUAUGAUUGUGUUGAAUAGAAUACUAGCCAAAAUUGGGGAGGGGGGGGGAUAUGUUUCAUAACUACAUCCAUUAGAUGCUUAAUUUUUAAUUCCUUUUCUCUGUAGUCAUUGUAUACAAAUUUCCAGUGAAAUGUACAGUAUCUCAGCUUAAUUUCAACCUCUUAAAUGCUGCUGACCAAGCAAAUUGUCUUGUACCAUGCAUGCCAUUUAAAUACUAUACAAAAGUUACACAAAUAUUAAAUACAAAAUUGACUUUAAAUAUAUAAUUGGUUGUGUUUUAUAGAUAUCACGUUGGAUUCAUUUCUCAAAGUGGAUUAUGCCCCACACCAUUCAAGAUUCUGUAAGCCAAAGAAUAAAAUAUAGGAAUAAAAAUAUUUAGUACUGUAGUAAAGUGUAAAUUAAUAUAAUUUAGUAGAUGUAUAUUUGCUGUACUGUACUGUAUAUAUGUUGGCUUUUUUAGGAUUGGCCCAAAGAAUGGGGAACUAUUCGAGUCAUGAAUUGCCAUUUACUGCUGUUCCUCAUUCAAUCUUGUAUUUUUAAAGAGGGUUAUUCAUAUUCAUUUUGCAGUACAGAGGCCCUGACUUGAGUAAGGCAUAAGGGCAAGGGUAUGACAUUUGCCUUAAAUCCUCUGUUGGGUAAUUAAAUUGUAGGGUCUUUUAAGCUAGUCAUAAUAUACAUGUAUAUAUAUUAUAUACAUUUGUAUGUAAAAUAUUACAUAACAGAAUGCUUGUGUCUUCAUGAAUUGUGCCAAAACAAAAUAAAUUAUUUAUAAUAACCUUCAGUAUUCUUAAAUUCAUUUUAUUAAUUUUAUUUACUUUGUAUGCAAUAUUUUUCCAUUUAGCAAGCCCAUCAUUAUAAAUUCUGAAUAAACAAAUGUAACUUAACAGUCAUUUCACAAGUUUCAAUGCAACUGCUGUUUGAAUCUUCAGAAUUAUUGAAUAUGGAAAGUUAUACAAAUACAUAGUUCUUUUUCCAUCAAUGAAUUGUAAAACAAAAGCUGCAGUAUUUUAAUGUGUAAUUUCAUUAGCAUCAAAUAUUUGGGGAAGGUGGGGUUUGGGGAGGGGGGGGGGGGAUUUAUAGUUACAGGCAAGGAAUGCAGUUUAAUGUGGCCUUGCAUAAAGUUGAAAGAAAUGGCUUGUUUCUAUUAUGCAUUUUGUUAUAUACAUACAUAUCACAAGUACAUACAAUAAGCUGUUGCAUUUCCAUCGCACCCUUUACUAUCCAGUUCGUGUGCAUUAUGAAAUCUUUUUUAUUUUAAAUUCUGCAAGUUCAAUUUUUUUUAGUGCCUUUAACUUUUGCAUGUUGAUUUGUCAAAGAUAAAUUAUCAAGAAAACUUAAGUCAUAACAGAACAGUUCACAUCUGAUAAUUAUCUUUGCCAAUUAAAUAUAACAGCAUGCAUAUAGUAGUUAGUAAACUAUCAAUUAUGUUUCAGAUUUUCAAUGUUUUUGCUUGAAAAAACUUUUUCCGGUUGGUCAAUUGCCCAAUUCAUCUAGGUACAUAUUAUGAAUUCAUGUUCACCAAAAUAAAAUUUAACUAGCAUCCACAGAAAUUACAUACUGCAUAUAUAAUAAGCACAUUACAUGUAUAAAAUAGAAAUGUCUAAUCCAAAUCAUUUUUUUCUCUAGCAAUACUUAGGUUUAGGCACUUUUUUUUUUAAGAUUGAAUCACACUUCUCAAAUUUACAACUCCAUACCUGAAGAUGUAACUUGAAUGUAAGCCCAUGGUUAAACUGUUCCUAGAAUCUAUGAAUAAUUGGCAAUUCUUAAAUUUUUACAACAAAUUAAAGUUUGUUUUAAUCAUAAGACUAAAUGAACUUGGGUAUUCCUGAUCUAGAAUGUAAUGCCACAUAUUCAUAAAGAAAUUAUAUAUUCAUUCCCAGAAUUCUGGUUUACAUCCAGUUUUGCAAAUACUGUAUUCCAGCAAUGUUCUAUUAUUAAUUUGGUUUCUAGAAUGCCGAUGAACUUACAAAAUACAGAACUUAUUCAAAGUUAAAGACAAUAAAAGCAAAGAUAUAAACACAGUGCAAGAAGAAAUCUUGUUAUAGAUAUUAGUAGCAAAUGGGUGCCCCACAAUGCUUAGUCCUUGGACUGAUUCCUGAUUUGCUCAUGGUGUCAAAUAUUAAAGACCAGGGCGUGGCCACAAGACCAGAGGCAUGUGUGAAACGAAAAGCAGCAGAUGCAAAACUGGCAAACAUAUGGAUGAAACUUUGAAACCUAACAAGGAUUUAUUCAAUACACUAUGCAUGGCUAAUUCCAAACCAGUUCUAGAAUAUACAUCAUUGAGUCAAGUCAAGUAUGGCCCCAUACCAGGCUUGGAGGAGUAAAACUCUCAAAACCCCAUCCAGGUACAAUCCCCCACCCUAUAUUACACAAUAGGGUCAUCUAAAGAUUUGCUAUAAGACUAAUACAUGAGACAGCAACGUUGUGGGCAGGUUAUGAGAACUCACUUUAAAGACACUAAAAGUGGCUGGUCUAGAACUGUGAUUACAAUAAAAGAUAUUGUACAGUGCUGUGAAAAAUGAAUGAGGUACACUUUUCCUCAUUCAAGAAAAUACUUGAUUGUAAUAUAUGUAGUGUGUAUAUGCAGUGCAUGUGGUAUAAAGGAAAUGAAUAGGUAUAAAAGCAGGUUUGGCCAUAAACUACAUCUCAUUCCCACUUAAGCAAUUAGGUAAGCACAUAAAAUUGGUAAAUGUAUGAAUGGCUUCAGAAUUUAAACACUUUCAAAGCUAUUAUACAGUGUCUACAGCAAACUCAUUCCAGAAUACUGUAUAGUACCUGUAUACCAGCAUGGAAUCUAAUCUUGUGAAGGACAAUACUGAGAAAGUCUAGACACACAGCAGGGAUGGUGUAUAAAAUUCUGAAAACAUGUUAAGACAAUACAGUACACACAAAUUACAAUAAUGUGAUAUAUCAUAUGAAGAAUUCCACAAGGGCAUGAUGAGGGUUCGAACCUACGCACUGGAUGUUCCCAGAUGCGCCUUAGUCAACUGUACCACAACACGGUAAAAAAAUUGCAACCUGGAGUGCUACUGCCCUCACUAGGAUCCUGAAGCUUCUCCGAAGCCCAAUCGGGGUUUCACACAAUUUCCCCAUGCACCCGGGCUGUCAACCAGAUUUUCUGCCUCUACGCCCUUACUUCAAUAUUGUGAUUUCUGUGUAUUGAAGUAAGGUUUAGAGGUAGAACAUCUGUUUGACAAGAGCCCAGGUGCAUGGGGGAAUUGUGUGAAUCCCAGAUUGGGCUUCAGAGAAGCUUUGGGAUCCUAGUGAGAGCAGUAGCACUUCAGGUUGCAAUUUUUUUUACCAAGUCAUGGUACAGUUGACUUGGGCGCAUCUGGGAACAUCCCAUGCGUAGGUUUGAACCCUCAUAACGGCCUUUGUGGAUUUGUUCAUGUUAAGGCAACUCGACCUCAAUAACUUUACAGGAAACAAGACAAAAAAAACUGCGGAAUAUAGGGAAGAUCAACAUGGACACCCUUUUCCAAUGUGAGGGAUAAAAUAAGAAUAUAACAAGUCAAUAAAGCAAGAGUUGAGAAAAUAUUUGCAAGCAGUGCUAGUAGUAUGCAAGUGAAAUGCCACCUACAAGAACAAGUACAACUGUAAACUAGAUUGUCAAGGUGUAAAAGUGUUAGGUAAUAAUGGGUAGGUGAUGCCAAAGAGCUUAUGUGAGAGUUAGUUUCUUGUACAAACUUACAGGUAAGCUGCUGAACAAGUGCAGUGUGGAACCUAGAACAACACUACUGUACUCAUUUUGAACCCUCCUGUAGCAACCAGUUUUCCACUGUAUCAGUGUGUUGUUUAUUGCUGUUGUCAGAUUUUUGUUUUUAUAGCACAAAUGUUUAAAUGAAAGUCGAGUAGAUUAAUAAGCAACAUUUUAAAUGAAUUGGCUUUAACCAAAUCUGUACCACCUUUCCCCACUUGAAAGCAUUGGCCAUGUGUGUUGAAGAUUUGAUUAGCGCUUACAGGCUAAAUGUUAUUUCCUAAUAAAAUCUAACAACUUUUGUUUUCCUCCAUCAGUCAGUACUAUCUACUUUCUUUCCACCAUUAGCACAAAUGAUAAUACAUUAUGGUACAACCGAUUCUCUAUUGAUCAGCACCACAAACCUUAAUUAGCUCUAGUGAAAUUACACCUAUCAAUCCUGUUUUUUUGGUCAUUACAUACCAGCAACAAACUGCUGUUUUUGUAUAUACAGCACUACUUUUAUAGAUACAGUAUUUGCAAUACAGUCCCCAGGAUGUUGCAAUGUUAUUGAAAAUAAUGCAAACUUUAAUGGGCAAUACAUUAAAAAUGAAUCUCAACCAGACCAAAUAUUUAGUAUUGAAUUAUGGCAGAACAAGUCUGUUACACAUGAUUAUACUUUUGUUAAGGAGAAUGUUACUAAAUUUGCUAUUAUAAUCUUGCAAAUUUCUUUAAUGCAAGCGUUUUGAGCAACAUUUACAAUUUAAAACCUUUUAGGAAACAUUGUAGAGGGAUGAGGGGGAAGGGGAGGGGGAGAGGAUUUUGUACCCAUGUUAACCCCCUCAUGGUCCAGACAUUGACUGACCAUGAAGCGGAAAUGUCAUAAGUGUGGAAAACAACGUUAAGGAUACUGCAGUAUUUGUUAGGUAAGAACUGGAACAUGUAACUAUUCCAUGCUAAUGAAUGGAGACAUUAUCAAUAUUAAGCUUAGUUGUCAUCUUGUACAAACCUUGUGCCAAAGCUAUACUAAAUAAGGAAAGCUUAAUGAUUAAAAGGAUUUAAAAAAUAGUUUGCUUAAUAUUGCAAAAUAAAUAGCUCCUAUGUUUUUUCCAAAUAAUUUUCUUAUCUUCAUAUAAUUUAACAAAAUACUGUAUUUGUUAAUGUAGUCCAACAUUAUUUUAUUAAAUUCUCUUCAAGAAAGUAAGCAUAAACCUUAUUUAAAUUGGGUAAAAAUCAUACGCUCAGUACCUUGCCACAAUUAACACAUGUGAAAUAUGCAACAAAAAACAUUGUACUGUAUUGCAUAAUUUGAUUCAAUGCAGCCUUACAAAAGGUUUAUAAUUGUUACAGUAUUUACUAUAUACAAAAUCCAGUCGAGCUAAAACUUUUGUGCAUCCUUUCGCUUUCUUAUUUAGUGAGCAUCUUGGCCUAUAUACUCAAUGGGGUUGUCAACCAUUUCAGGUACUAUUCAAAUGCUCAAUUCCUGAGGCAUUAAUAAUUUGCCAUUAAAUUGUUCUUAACAAUUUAAAUGAAGUGUAAAUUAUUUAAAAAAAUAAAUGAUUAAACAAAA